AUGGCUCACACCGAACUCUACGGGUACGAGGAGCGAAACUGCAAGUCGGCAUCUUCGAACUACGUCGUGCACCAAUACGACCACACCUACACUGAUUCCUAUGAGGCGCCCUACCUUCGAUUCCGGUUGUCGGACGAGGCCAAGCUCUACCUGGAGAUCGAGAAGACCAAGCACCCACACAUGGCGCCUGCCUGGAAUGAGCGGCAGGGCGGGCGCCGCGAUAUUUCGGGCGGCAUGAUCGCGCUUCACACGUUUCUGCACCAGAUAACGGCGAUAGUGCCUCUGUUGCUGCUCGCCCCGCAUGAUGUUCGAGAGGGCGCGUACUACACCGAGGCCUGCGAGGGCGUGUGCGAGAUGAUCUACGACAACUUCCUGUUGUUCGCCAGCAAGAUUCCCGGGUUCGCCCGCUCGUGCACCGAAUGCCGAGAGCGGACCAACCCGCCGGACCUCUCCACCAAGAGCCUCACCGAUCGCUGCAUACAGGUCGUGGUGGGCAAUCUCCUCGACGCGCAAGCGGCCUUCGAUGGCAGCGGGAGUGGCGACGACGGAGGGCAGGACCGGCCGAUCACCUCCGAUCCGAGCCUCAGGGUCCUCCCAGCCGACUUGCUCGAACGCAUCGAUAACUUUAGGCAGGAGUUCUUCGAGCCGUCGUACUUGGGCUGCGUGGCGUGCAUCUCGCACGACCACUGCCCGCUCCAGAACGAUGGCCUCGCGCAAGGACUGGGCCUGAAGCUUGUCCCCCUGAGCGAAAUCUAA